AUGGCUUCCCAACAGCCCAUUGUUGAAGCACCCGCCGCUGGGCCUCCCAAAAUCGCCCUGAAGCUGACCCCUGCUGGCCACAAGAAGCAACAGGAAGAUCCCACCUUCAUUGCUGAACUGAUCAACAGGGCCGAGAAUGGUCGGAGUGACUUUGUUCCCAAUGUCAAUCCCCUUAUCCCUGAAGAAAAUCGCCCUGCUCAUCUCUUCAGUCGUAUUGCCGCUGCCGCCACAUCUGAUCCCACUGCCGACCUUCCCAACUUUGACGUCUGGUAUGAGGUUGCUUUGGAGGGUCAGUCACGUCUUUCCAGACUCGAAACAGAGACUGCGACGACCGCUCAAACACCUGCCGAUGGCGGAGAUUACUCUCUUCCCAAGGAGACUCUUGAGCUCAUCCACAAGCUUCAUCGCCUCGAAGAGGUCGAGAGUGUCCACGCACUUCAAGCCGGUCCUCCACCUGCCGUCAAUCCUAGCGAUGACCCCCGAAGUGUAAAUCAAGGGUACCUCGAUGCGGCACCGGCUGGCAUCAACGCCCGAUAUGCCUGGGGCUUUCCUGGUGGGGAUGGCUUGGGGGUCAACAUUGUCGACAUGGAACAGGGAUGGAAGCUUGACCACGAGGAUCUUCAGGCGGCCGGUAUCACAUUGAUCUCGGGGUACAAUGUCGCCUAUUACUCCCAUGGAACUGCCGUGUUGGGUGAGAUGUUUCAGGUGGACAACGCCAUAGGAGGAGUUGGCAUUGUCCCCAAGGCGAAGGGGCGGGUUAUUUCCCAGCAUCGGUCGACAGGCUACAACACCGCGGCCGCCAUACUGGAUGCCGUGAGCAACAUGGCCUUUGGAGAUAUUCUUCUCCUUGAAGCUCAGGAAAAUGACCCUGUAGGAGGGCAGUAUUAUUGGCCUGUCUCCGUUGCCGACGCCAACUUUGAUGCCAUACGUCUGGCUUCUGCUCUGGGCAUCACUGUCAUUGAAGCAGCCUGCAAUGGUGGGUAUGACCUUGAUGCCUAUGUCAACCUCUCGGGCAAGUACAUCUUCAACCGCUCCAGCCCAGACUACAAAGAGUCCGGUGCCACCAUGGUGGGCGCCUCCAGCUCCGCCGCACCACACUACCGCCUGUGGUACUCCAACCACGGCUCCCGGGUCGACGUCUAUGCCUGGGGUGAAAAUAUUGACACCACCUUCACCGACGACAACUCUGGCACCAACAACUCCUACACCGACUACUUCAGCGGCACUUCCGGUGCCUCUCCCAUCAUCGUCGGCGCAGCAGCAGCAGUCCAAGGCAUAGCCAACGCCACCCUGGGAUACAAAUUCUCCCCCUUGCAGCUCCGCCAAAUCCUCACCACAAACGGAACACCAAGCAGCACCCCCUCCACCGACCGCAUCGGCGUCAUGCCCAACCUCCGCGCCAUCAUCGACGGCCGCUUCAUCAACCUCGCCCCCGACCUCUACAUAAGAGACUACCCCGCCGACAACGGCCGGGUCCCCUCCUCAGGCACAGUCUCCAACUCCCCCGACAUCAUCAUCCGCCAAACCCCCGUUCCCAACCCCCAAGCCCUUUUUGGGUCCGGCUCAGGCAACGAAAACAACACCUCCCUUUCCCAACCCAUCCUCGCGGGGCGUGACCACAGCAUCUACAUCCGGUUGCUCAACCGCGGCGGGUCAGCAGCGCAGAAUGCAAAGGUGACUGUAUACCACGCCCCGGCAGCAACCCUCAUCACCCCCAACCUGUGGACUCUAAUCGGGACAGUCACCCUCCCUUCUGCUGUCCCAACUGGUCGAGUGUUGACUGUGUCCCCGAGACUUGCCUGGCCAGCGAGUAAAGUCCCCAACGUCGGACCGGGCGGGUACUCCUUUGUGGCAGUCGCAACAACAGACAACGACCCUGCGCCUGUCCUACCUGGUACUUUCCCCGCGUUUGUGGAGUUUGUGAGCAGGAAUAAUAAUGUGGCUUGGAAGAGUUUCAAUGUGGUUAACCCCCCGCCUGGUGGUGCUGGGGUUAGUAGAUUACCUGUUGGAAUCGCAGGGGCGUUUGAUGCACCGAGACGCUUCGCGGUAAGGGGAGUGGGAUCGUUGCCGGUGGGGAGCGAAGUUAGGCUGGAGGUUCCGGGGGAUUUGGCGAGGCGGUUGGGGGUUGUUACGCCUUUGGGAGUUGAGGAGAAGGGGGUGGUGGUGCUGCCGCUUCAUCCUUUUGGACGGGGGGAGAUUGGGGAGGGGAUUUUGCCUGUUGGGAGUGUUAGUCGGUGUGAGCUUGUUGUGAAGGUGCCGGGGGAGGGGGUGAAGGGGGAGGGGCAGUGGGAGUAUGAGAUUGUGCAGGAGUGGGAGGGGGUGGAGGUUGGGAGGGUUACUUGGCGGUUUGAGGGCGGUGAUAAGGAGGAUGUGCAGUGA